AUGGAGUCCAGCUCCAGGAUAUCAUCCUCUUGCUAUUUCCCGAUUCAAACCGGCAACGAAUCGAGAGUCGAGACUGGCGCCAGCUUGAUGCCUCGUCCUUACCAAGCCAAGGCCUCGUCUGCCCGGAAUCGACAAUCCGGGGCCUCGAGACCUAAUGCCGGGAGAUACCUACAGUCACAGUUAUUUGUAUAA